AAUGGUGAUGUAACAAACAUUACAUUCCUGGAUGAGCAAGAUUUUCUAGGAUGCAAAGGUGAAGAUGAUGAGUGGAGUAUCGCAUGGCUUAAUACAAAAGCAGAUCCCAGGCUACCAGUCAGUGCCGAGGAGGGAUGGCAACUAGAGUGUGCCAUUUGAAUAUGACCUGGGCAGUCGCUAAUGCUUCCUCAUGCAGAUCAGAGAGCAUUGACAGAGUCUUGGAUGAGGCUCUUUCAAGCUUGUCAGGUACGAAUGCUACAAUAGAGAGUGCCACAAGGAUAUCUGGGGAGCUAUCUACGGCCACACAAAGGGGACCAGAGAUUUCACUCCUCCCCAGUGACCUUAAGUCCACCAACAAC